GUGGAACGUUCGGCUAGUGACUAGUGACUAGUGACCCCGAAGGGUCACCGGCUGGCAGCAGCGGUCGGUGCGGUUCGUUCGCCUAGUCUAGUGCUAGUCUAGUGAGCAGUCCAGGCACUUUACGUUACGUACCACCGCUGUUAUUUUCCGUCGAAGAAUUUUACGAAAAUGGCACUCACUUUCGGCUUGUGCGAGACACCGGGCUGCAAGACUAUGGCCAGCCUCCAGUGCCCGACGUGCCUGAAGAUCGGCAUACAGGGCUCGUAUUUCUGCACUCAGGACUGUUUUAAACGGAGUUGGAAAACGCACAAAAUCAUUCAUCAAUUAGUGAAGGGAAUCGGUGGAGGCGAUUCUUCCAACGAAUACAAUCCGUGGCCUUCCUUUCCUUACACCGGGAAAUUGCGUCCGUACAAGAGGGAUCCUCCUCGAGAGGUGCCGGAGAGUAUCAAACGUCCAGACUACGCGACACAUCCUACCGGCUUGUCUGUCAGCGAACAGGCGACGAGAGGCUCGGCUCAGAUCAAAGUGCUCGACGACGAGGAGAUCGAGGCGAUGCGAGUAGCUUGCAAGCUCGGGAGAGAAGUGUUGGACGAAGCUGCGAAGAUCUGCGACGUGGGCGUAACGACGGCUGAGAUAGAUCGCGCGGUGCACGAGGCUUGCGUCGAGAGAGACUGCUAUCCAUCUCCUUUGAAUUAUUAUCAAUUUCCGGCUAGCUGUUGCACUUCCGUCAACGAAGUGAUUUGUCACGGGAUUCCUGACACGAGGCCCCUCGAAGACGGGGACAUUUGUAAUGUCGACGUGACCGUGUACCACAACGGUUUCCACGGGGACUUGAACGAGACGUUUCUGGUCGGCAACGUGAAGCCGGAAGUACGGAAACUGGUCGAAGUUUCGUACGAGUGCUUGUCGAAAGCCAUAGACAUAGUGCGGCCCGGUGAAAAGUACAGGGAAAUUGGAAACAUUAUACAAAAGCACGCACAGGCUCAAGGGUUCAGCGUGGUCCGCGGCUACUGCGGUCACGGGAUUCAUCGUCUGUUUCACACCGCGCCCAGCGUGCCUCAUUAUGCCAAAAACAAGGCCGUGGGCGUGAUGAAACCGGGCCACUGUUUCACCAUAGAGCCGAUGAUAUCUCAGGGUACGUGGCGAGACCAGAUGUGGCCCGACACGUGGACGGCGGUCACCGCCGACGGCCAAUGGUCCGCGCAGUUCGAGCACACGCUGCUAGUCACUGAGACUGGCUGCGAUAUUCUCACGAAACGAUUGACGAACGACGGGAAGCCGUGGUUCAUGGACCGGUCAUAGUAUCUGAAAUUUAUUCGAAUCAAAUUUUGCCCAAGCGCUAUACUGCUUGACCCGUUGGUUUCGAUCGCUGGAUUCCCUCCUUCAAGAUUCGAUCGAGUCCGACGACCGUGAUUUUGUUUUUUACUGGCUGGGUGGUGGUUCGUUUUGUAAAAAAAAAAAAGAUCGACUCUUGAAAAAUGGAAUCUGCGAAGAUUUUCGUUUGUAUAACCGGAAUGGAUCCUGUACCAUACGAAUAGAUUACCUCGAGAGUGAAACGUGUAUAUAAUAAAUGUAAUUGAAAUUGGUGAUGCGAUUGAAAUAAAAGAAGAGGAAACAACGGA